AUGCCAGGAAAAAUCAUCGACAGAUAUGAUCACGUUCCAGUGACAAAGGAAAAUUUGGAUUGGGCGGAACUUAUCACCCUCGAUCUGAGCAAGUAUGAACAGCCUGGUGGCAAGGAAGAGCUUGUAAAACAGCUCGAGCAUGCUGUGCAACAUGUUGGUAAGCUUAAUCGCACUUUCAGUGCUGUUCCCGGAGCUGACGAGGAAUUUCGAUCAGGAUUUUUCUAUGUGAAGAACUUCAACAUCGGCCAAGAGGAGGUUGACCGCCAGUUUGCUCUUGGUCGUGAGUUCUAUGCGUUACCACUUGAGGAGAAGCUCAAGUAUCACAACGCAGAUGACCUUGCAAGGGGCGAGUACAAUGGAUAUCGACCUGCUGGUCAUCGCAUUCUCGGGAACGGAGUCAAGGAUAAUGUGCAGGUGUACAAUAUCCCUAAGUUCGAUGGAUAUCACGACAGACAGCAACCUCCGCUACUUUCCGACAAUAUCGCUGAGAUCGAAGCUUUCAGCCGCAAAUGCCACACUGAAGUAGUGGAGAAGCUUCUCCGCCUCUUCGCAAUCCUGCUCGAAUUGCCGGACGAAGAUCAACUAGUGAAGGAUCACAAGUAUGACGUUAAGGGCGAGGAUCACCUACGCUACAUGCACUAUGCAGCUCGCAGCACGGAAGAAAAUGAGAAGGUUGGCGGCCUGUAUAGCCCCGGCCACACUGAUCUAGGUUCAAUCACACUACUGUUCCGUCAGCCUGUGGCAGCCCUACAAAUCCUCAACUCAGAUGGAGAGUGGAAGUGGGUGCGGCCGCAGGAUGGGACCAUUACGAUCAACACUUGUGAUGCAUUGACAGCGCUCACGGGUGGAUUGAUCAAAUCUAGCGUGCACCGUGUGCACACUCCACCUGCAGACCAGGCUCAUGUCGAUCGGCUGGGUGUUUUAUAUUUUUCCCGUCCCAACAACCACGUGGUUCUGGACCCCAUCAAGAACAGUCCACUGCUCAACAGGCUUGGUCUCACGCAGAAUGCCUUUACCGAGAUAGGACAACAUCUCACUACAGAGGAAUGGGUCAAGGUGCGACAGACCCAGCAGCAGCGGCGCCACAAGGAUGUCAAGGUGUCGAAGGACGGAAAGUAUACUUACGGAGAGAAGGACCUGGAGAUUAUUCCUGGUCUGGAAGCAAAGAUAUACAACUAG